UACAUUUUAAAGAAUAUUAACUCCCUGUUCAUAAUAGUAUAACCCUGGUCAUCAUGUUGUGUCUUCCCGAAACGAAAGGAUGACACUCACUAAGAGACCCCCUGUCACUUGUUGUAAUUAUCUAAAGGUAAUCCUUUUCAUAAUAUUAUACAUGUUAAUGAAAACUUGUUUAAAGGACAUGAAGAAUAUAUAAACAUAAGCAUUUGUUUUUAAAUUAAAGCAUGACCCAAUCUCAAGUCUGAAUAAAAUUUAUUCCAAAUGUAGCAGCUGUAAAUGGGAUGAUAUUUAAAGAGGAAAUUGUAUCUCAUUUGUUGUUCACUUUACUCACUUGUACUCCUUGUCGUUAAUUUGUUCUACGUUCAAUCCCUGAAUAGCAAUUCAAAACAGUGCAGGUAAUAUCUUUGUGUUAUUAAUAAAUCAUAGGGCAUAACAUUAAACAGAAGAUCAAGUGAAGCGAUGGACAAAUGGUAACGAUAUCAGUCUCCCAAUCUAGGUGUCACUUUUUAUCAAUAAGAAUGAUGAAAGCGUCAGUAUAGAAUUGUGUUUUUGGAUAAAAGGACGGGUGAGCAAAACUAUUACGCAAAGGACACUCCUGUGCGUCAUAAACAAUUUUUGCAAUUCUUUUAGUUCAUUUCCUUUACUUGUGAUUAUGACAACAUUUUGCGCAUUAUUUUUCUCCCACAAUAUUUUACAAAAAACGGGGAGAGUCAGUAUUCUUUAAAGCAAAUAUCACAUGUUCAUUUAAGAAAAAGAAAAUUGACUCUCCAAGCAUAAUUAUAUUGACAGGAAGUUCAUUUGUACACUCUUGGUAUUCUGACGAUUUCCGUUUUAUUUCAGAAUCAAAGCACUCUGAUUACCACCCUUAGCAAUAGUAAAACCCCAGUACAACUAUAAAAUAAAUAACUUAUUUAAGCAUAUAGUUACCAAUGUAUAGAGAACAUGUAACAUAUAAUAAGGCUGUUACACAAAGUCUCGAACAAAUACUGUAAAUUAAAUAGAAACACUUCAAAUAAAAAAUGCACAAGUGUACCUGCCUCAAUAUUUAAGUAGCAUAAUAAUAAAAAAAAUAAAAAAGUAAACAUUCACUAAAUACUAAAGUAUAAAUAUAGCCAUGACAUGUGCAUACAAUCAUGAUGAAGCAUCCUUGAAUCUUUUAAACUUCCAAAGGUUCCACUGAAUACUGUUUUCAAUACACAACAAAUGUCAUGUUCCUCAUCAUAUUAACCAAUUUAUUAUUAUAUUGAGUGGAGGUCUUUUUCUAUCGGAUGUCUUUUUUCUUUGUUUCACCGGCUAAGUUUGAGUGGCGAAUAAAAAAUAAAAUGUCUACUUAAUUAUGUUAAUGCUAAGUCUUUUGUUGUGCUUUGUAGUCAAUUUCCAUUCUAAUGCUUACACUGCAUUUUGUGUACUUCAUAAAGUUAAUUUGUGAUAACAUCUUGUUUAGUAAAUGAUAUUUUGUUACAUUAAUAUAGACUUUAGAUCAAGAUUUGCUAUCAAAGAUGCUUUCCGCGAAACCGAGUUUUGCUCUGGAGUAUUUCCACCGGAGACAUAUAAAUCAAAAGAUUCAAGUAUUAAUUUGAUUUAUCGACAUUGGGAUGGGUCGACAUAUACGUAUGCGAUGGGCGAAAUAAAGGGGCGUGUUGAAGGAUUUCGGCUACAUUACAAAAUAUCAGAUCAUUCAUUUCAAAGGUAUACUACCGAGGUUAAAGGAUCUGACUCAGGGCUUAUUUCUUGCUCAGGGCUUUUAAGAAAAUGCUAUACAGUAUUCCAUGAUGGGGUAUCAUGGGAUAUUGCAAACCGCAAAUGCCGUCAGCGCAGUGAACAUCUUGUCACUAUAGCAUCACGAAUGGAAAUGAAUUACAUACAAUACCUUCUACGUUUUCAGUUAUAUGAUCAUUACUCUGCUUGGUACAGACGUCGGUAUAACAAACCUUAUGGAGCACAUAUUGGCUUAAGACGACUUACGGACAAAAACAAGAAGACAAGUUUUAAUUGGGUCAACGGCAACAGCGUUACAUUCACUGCAUGGUAAUAAACUUGUGUGAUACUACUUAACAACAAUUUUGAAACAAAUUAUAUUUCAUUCAUAUCGACUUUAUGCAGAUAGUCUAUAGUGCCUUAAAUUUACAAACUUGAAAUGUAAAAACAAUUUACCCAGUAAGAAGGUAAAAUUCAUUUUUGUUUGAAUAUUUUAUAAAGUAAAUCUUCUCUUUAUAUUUUCUUUCAUAUUUGUUAAAGUUUGUCCCCAGAGAAUUUUCUGUUACUUUAAAAUAAAAAUUUCAGAUGAGACCAUCUGUUUA